UGUUCCGCCGGGAAGAGGACUCAGACUAUGGAGCUCGGAAUCGGAAUUCGGAUCUUCCCUUUCCGCCAAAAUGAAACGCCAACCGUUGGAUGUAUUGGAUAGAUUGUGGCCGUUGGAUGAUUACACACAAGGCUUUGAUGGCCCAUGGGCUGGAGGAUCCGGAACCUACAUGGCCCAGCUCGCCUUCGAGCUUCCGAUUCAGCCUGCUUCCGGAGACUGACUGAAUGGGAAGAAGUUCGUCGGUUGCAAAAUUGGAACUUUGAGAGUUGGCUGUUCAUUCUCGGGGAAAGGCAGAAAGCUAAGCAGAAAUUGCUUCCUACUCGGGAAACCUACUGAUUGGAAGGAGCAAGUUGCAUAGUUUGAUUGGUAGUCGGUCAACAUUCAUGGCGAAUCAGGCUGUUGAAAGCUUAGAACGAGAGGAAGAGGUGGUGAAUUUGAGAAAGCUAGGGCUGUAUGUAGGGAACGUGAGGGUGUUGCUGGAAGAUGAAGAAUCUGCUUCAGAAGAGAUCAUGCUGUUAUGGGGAAUUCAACAGCCCACUUUCUCUAAACUGAAUGCUUAUGUCGCCCAGACCUCGCUCCAACUCCGCCUUGAUGCUUGUGGUCACUCCCUCUCUAUUUUGCAGUCUCCUUCUUCAUUGGGUACACCUGGAGUAACAGGUUCGGUAAUGUGGGAUAGUGGCAUUGUAUUAGGCAAAUUCUUGGAACAUGCGGUAGAUUCGAAGACGCUUGUCCUUCAAGGCAAGAAGGUUAUCGAGUUGGGUUCAGGCUGUGGAUUGGUAGGUUGUGUAGCAUCUCUUUUGGGGGCUGAAGUUAUACUCACUGAUCUCCCUGAUCGACUGAGACUGCUCAAAAAGAAUGUAGAAAGCAAUCUAGGAGAUGAACACCUGCGUGGCUCUGCAGUAGUGGAGGAGCUUACUUGGGGUGACGAACCUGAUCCGUGCAUGACUCAACCUUUGCCUGAUUUUGGUAAGCAAGCUUUACUCUAGAUUUCCCAAGUUCCAAUAGGUAGUAGUACCAAUACUUAUUAUUGUGAUUGUUAUGAUGUUUCAGUUGUGGGGUCAGACGUGGUAUAUAGCGAAGGACCAGUCCUUGAUUUGAUAGACACACUCUUGAAGCUCUGUGGAUCACAAACAACAGUAUUCAUAGCAGGGGAGCUCAGAAACGAUGCAGUGUUGGAGUACUUCUUGGAGGCAGCCAUGAAGGUAUUUGUGGUGGGGCGCGUGGAGCAGUCGGAAUGGCAUCCUGACUAUCGCAGCCCCCGUGUUGUGAUGUAUAUUAUGGUGAGGAAGUAGCAGAGAGUUAUAUGGUAGAGAGCCAAGGAGUGCAAACUUUGUGAAUUCAUUUUUACAGUUGGUUUCUUCUCCUCUGUCAAAGAUCAAGUCACAGUGGCAAAGUUAUGGUUCAGAAUUUCGCGGCGAUAACUGGGUGUUAACUACAACUACAACUUACAAGUACGUAAUCUGAGUGGUCUGUGUAAUGUAUGAACAUCCGUUUCGAAGUGCAAACGAAACUGAACUUCAAAACCAGUAGCAGUGAAUCCGUAAAUGUUAACGAGUGGAAGAGUUACAAAUCUUUGUUACGAAUAG